UCACUCAACAAGUCCGUUGGAUUUACCUAACACGUCAAGGCUUUGCAGUCGAGCGGCAGGCACAGAUUUAAGUUAUAUACGCCUUUUCACAGACGGGGGUUUUAUACCACAGACUUCGGAUGCAUGCACAUUACUGGCGCCACCUAGCGGAGGACACGCGUCUCUACAGCCCUCUCUGUCGUCGAAAGCAGUCCGCUUCCGGAGCGUCCUCCCACCCACAGAGGCAUGGCCAACCUGUCAGACCAGCUGGAGGAGAUGAGGGCCAAAGCUGAGGCCCGUCUCUCGGCAACCGGCUCGUCCACGGAGGUCAAGGCCGACAUCCUGGCUAUGGCCGACAUCCCGCUGCCCCUCUCGGCCAAAUAUCGGCACAUCGCCGCCGAGGCCAUGGUGGAAGGGAACGGCGCCGGGGAGAGUCGUCAUGAGAGCUUUCAGUCUCUACAGAGGCUGUCCACUGCCCUAAACAUACUGGAGAAGUACGGCUGCAACUUGACCUGUCCCACUAGACCCAAGUACUGGCGGAGCGUGAAACACAACAAUCCUGUCUUCAAGGCCACCGUCGAUGCCAUCAGUGGAGGAAGGGCUGUGCUGUGUCUCUAUGGAUACACCAAUCAGCAGCCAGACGGACUCAGUUUCCCUGACGACGUCAUAGAACCCGACAUCACGAAGGUGGCUGCCAUCACUGUGGAGGUGAUGACCUUACGCAUGGAGCUGGAUAUGCUCAUCAAGGAUUCUCACCCCCAUCCGGAGUUCUUCGAGAGAGUCAUCCCCUCUCUCAGGCAGGAGGAGCCGAUGGGGGAGCAGGAUGAGCCCAAGUCCAUUUCUGACGUGCCUGCUCUGGCCACUGGGAAACUGUGGGAGACUGAGGCCCAGCCUCUGACGUCCUCAUGCCCUCCCAGCUCUCAGAGCCCAGUUUCAGUCUCCGCCUCCAAGAGCCCCUCCCCCCAUGCAAGAGUUUGCUGCCUGUGUGGGGGCAACCCCUCUCUCUUCUGCCCCCCCUGUGGGUCCAUCACCUUCUGUGAGUCAUGCGACCUCGUGUUCCAUCGCCACCCCAGCCGGGCCUCUCACAGGCGAGAGCUCACAGAGGUGCCCCGGCCAGACAACUGCACCAUCUGUGGCAUAUUCCCAGUCUCUGCCCACUGUCCCACCUGCGUGCAACGACUAUGCUCAGAAUGCGACAGACUGUACCACUCUCACCCGGGGAGGACCGGCCAUAUCCGGGAUAUAAUUACUGCAGCUAAACCUCUUAGGACCUCAAGCUCGUCGUCCCCUUCUACAUGGCAGUGCGUGCACUGCACCACAGUGAACAAGGUCCAGGCAGUGUUCUGCGUCAGCUGUGAGCGAACUCGCCCCGUCAGCAUGCUCUCUGCUGCCACCGCUGAGCUGGAGGAAGUACUACAACCUUCGACCGUCACAGAGUGGCAAUGUAAGAGCUGCACUGUGGUGAAUGCCGGAAGCAGUGUUCUUUGUGAGGUGUGUGAGCGCCCCCGUCUGGCCACACGCCCCCCCGUCAUGUCGGCCUUCUCUUCCCAGCCUGCAUCAGAGCCCCCCAGACAAACUAAUAGUCAGUGGGUGUGUCAGUUCUGCACAUAUGCAAACUCCACCCCCUCCCUUAUAUGUGAGAUGUGUGACCUGCCGCGUCCAGACCCCGCCCCCGCUCCUUCUAAGCUCCUCCCACAGUCUCCAGUUAAGGAGGUGCCCCUGGCACCCACCGAACCUAAAGUCCAGCCCCCAGAGGACCCUGAUCUGAAGAGGCAGAAAGUGAUGAGAGAGCAGGGUUUAAAGCUGAUUCAGCUGAUUCGAGAGGGCGAGAGGAAGGGCAUCAGCCCGGAGGAGGUAUACACAGCGACGUGCAUCUCCACUGCUGGCGGCCAGUCGCCCUGUGAUUGGCUGAAGUCUGAGCUGCCCCACCUCCUGGAUGAAAUCUGUGCCAUGGCAGCCUCUGUCCAGUCAGUGCCUCCCUCUGAGCGCCCCAGGUCAUGUGAUUCUUCCUCGAAGGAUGGAGGGUCCACAACCCCGGGUGGGAAUCUUCAUCUGUCCCGGGCCGAGGCCAAGCAGGCCUGGCUGGCAGCAGGGGGCGACACUGAGAAGGCGGUGAAGCUGGUGUUGCGGGAGAGGCACACCAAGGUGCGUGAGCUGUGCUCGCUAGGCCUCGGCGACACGAGCAAGUGCGCAGAGGCGCUGCGGCUGAGUGGGGGAGAGCUGCGGGGUGCACUGUCCCUCCUGCAGCGCCCCCUGCUGGAGUCCUUCCACCAGCGCAUGUGGAGUGAUCAGCCAGAGCCCAGCCUCGAUGUCCGGCACCCCGACAAACAGCGAGUGUGCCGCCGACUGCUGGCCAUCUACGACCUGCCCAGCUGGGGGCGCUGUGAGCUGGCCCUGUCGCUGCUGCAGGAUCCCGGGGUGCCCUAUACUCUGGAGGAUGUGGUGCAGGCCGUAAGGGAGUCACAUGACCGUGACUUCAUCCGCCGCGUCCUCACCAAGGAGUGUCCUAUCUGCCUGUCUGUCUUCCCCCACAGCAAGAUGCAGUCACUGACCUCCUGCCAGUGCUCCGUCUGCUGCGAUUGCUUCCAGCAGCACUUCACCAUUGCUGUGAGAGACAAACACAUCCGUGACAUGGUGUGUCCUGUGUGCUGGGAACCUGACAUCAAUGACCCAGAGCACCUCAACAGCUACUUCUCCACCCUGGACAUUCAGCUGCGGGAAUGCCUGGAGCCUGAGGUGUACGAGCUUUUCCAUAAGAAGCUGACGGAGCAAGCGCUGAUCAAGGACCCCAAGUUUCUGUGGUGCAGCCACUGUUCCUGUGGUUUCAUCUAUGACGGAGAUCAGCUCAAAGUCACCUGUUUCCACUGCAGGAACAGCUUUUGUGCCCAGUGCAAAAAACCAUGGGAGUCUCAGCACGCCGGGCUCACGUGUGAGCAGUUUCAGGCUUGGAAGAGGGAGAAUGACCCUGAGUACCAGAGACAGGGCUUGGCUGGGUACUUGCGUGACAACGGCAUUACUUGUCCCAGUUGCAGAUUCCAGUACGCCCUCUCCAAGGGGGGGUGCAUGCACUUCACUUGCUCCCAGUGCCGCUACCAGUUCUGCAGUGGCUGCAACAACCCUUUCCAUACUACAUGCUCGGUGCCCCACUGCAGCGUGACGGGUCUCCAUGCUCACCACCCCCGGGACUGCCUGUUCUACCUGAGGGACUGGGAACCGGCUCGGCUGCAGGCCCUGCUGCAGAAGAGGGGCGUGGCCUUCAACACAGAGCCACCCCAUGGGAUACAGCCAGGGCUGUGCAGUGUGAUGGAGCAGAAAGACGAUGGAGGCCACCAGACAGACGCAGCAUGUGGGGCCCAGACACAGCCAGGCCAGGCGGGGCUCUGCGAGAAACACUACAGAGAAUAUCUGGUCAGUCUCAUCAACGGGCAUUCCAUUGACCCCGCCCUCCUUUAUGACGUUAAUGAUCUGCUCGUGGCCUGUCGGCGGUACCAAGUGGACGACUGGCGGGGGGAGCUGGAGGAGGACAGAGCGUACUAUUCUCGGCUGCUGAAGAAACUAAUCCAAGAGGUUCCACUGGGUGACAAGGUUCCACGGAAGAAAUGAAAAUAAUCUUUUAUAGCCAGCUUUGUUUUAACUGGGGUUGAUCUGUCAGAUGAGAAAUAAUGCGUCUUAAAGUCGCUGGAUCUCAUUGCGUGCCGCGUUUCACUAAAAGUAAUGGUCAGACCGGAUCCUCAUCACCAGCGAUCGUAAUGCGUUCGUGAAGAACUGCAGCGAACAGACAGGCCUAAAACAUGCAUGGUGGUCUGCGCACAUUUUAAACACGUUUCUAGAUUUAAUUUAAUGCUAUCUAAUGUAUGUAUUUGUGUUGCUUGUGGUUGAUGUGUAUACGUGUAUUGAAAGGUUUAAAAGAUCAUUAAAGGCAUUCUUUAAUGUGC